GUGCAACGUUCAGAACCGGGUAACGUUCGGAGAUCGAACUCUGCGAUCGGCGACGUUCGAACCGGGGCAGGCAGCCUCCUCCGUGCUUCGGCAGCUCGCACCUCAUUGACUAACUGGGGGGCGGGGGCAAGGAGGAGGAGGAGGAGGAAGAAGGAGGAGGAUCUUCGCUGCUUCGGCUGGUUCCAUCCCGGGGGCCAUUCACAGAGAUCGCGGAGAGAGGGGUAAACAGCACCAGAGUCUAGGAGCUCCUCUGCAGAAGAGAAUAAAGAGAAAUGCAGGGAUUUGUAAGGUUACGGCGCUCAAGCUGGAAGAUGUGAUGAUGAUAGCUGUGUGAACCGGCGCUGGCUGUGAGCUGUUGCUGACUUGCUCUGGAACCGGGGGGCUUGGUUAUUGCGGGAGUGUUUUGGAUGAGUUGAAGUUGCUGCUGUACCUUGAUCGUUUGCAACACUAGAGAGAGAGAGAAAGAGUGGGGGAGGGGAAAUACACUCCGCCUUGCAACUGAUUGAGGGGUGAAGGGAGCUGGAUUUGGUGCUUAUUUCAUUUGUGUGUGUCUGUGUCUGUGGGUGCAUGCAAGAGAAUUCCCAGCCCUUUGCUUUCCAAGCCCGGGCUGGGCGUGAAUUAUUCGCCUUCGCUGUUUCUCUCUCUCUCUCUAUUGUGCGAGCCAAAGAUGAAAGACAGAAGGGGAGAAAGUUAAAGAAAUCGCCCACAUGCGCUGCAUCAGUCCAAGGCUUUGGGAAAGGAAUAAAGAGAAGGUGGUAGAAGAGAGUUUGAAGUCUUUGCAGGCGGGAAGAUGGCGGACUGGAGCUGAAAGUGUUGAUUGGCAAACUUGGGUGAUCCUUGUGUUUAUUUACAAUCAUCUUGACCCAGAUAGGACACAUGCAGGCCAAAAAACGCUAUUUCAUCCUGCUCUCAGCUGGCACUUGUCUCGUCCUUUUGUUUUACUUCGGAGGCUUGCAGUUCAGGGCAGCGAGAAACCAAAGCAGGAGAGAGGAGCACAGUAGCAGGAAUGGCUUGCACCACACCAGCCCGGAUCACUAUUGGCCCCGAUUCCCGGACGCUUUGCGCCCCUUCAUUCCUUGGGAUCAAUUGGAAAACGAGGAUUACAAUGUGCACAUUUCCCCUAGGCAGAAGAGAGACGCCAAUUCCAGCGUCUACAAAGGCAAGAAGUGCCGCAUGGAGUCCUGCUUCGAUUUCACCCUUUGCAAGAAAAACGGCUUCAAAGUCUACGUGUACCCGCAGCAGAAAGGGGAGAAAAUCGCCGAAAGUUACCAAAACAUUCUAGCAGCCAUCGAGGGAUCCAGGUUUUACACUUCCGAUCCGAGCCAAGCUUGCCUGUUUGUUCUGAGCUUGGAUACCUUAGACAGAGACCAGUUGUCACCCCAGUAUGUGCACAACCUGCGAUCGAAAGUGCAAAGCCUCCACUUGUGGAACAAUGGUAGAAAUCAUUUAAUUUUUAAUUUAUAUUCCGGCACCUGGCCCGAUUACACUGAAGACGUAGGGUUUGAUAUUGGCCAGGCGAUGCUGGCUAAAGCUAGCAUCAGUACUGAAAACUUCAGACCGAAUUUCGAUGUUUCUAUUCCGCUCUUUUCUAAGGAUCAUCCUAGGACAGGAGGGGAGAAGGGAUUUCUAAGGUUUAACACCAUCCCUCCUCUCAGGAAGUACAUGUUGGUAUUCAAGGGGAAAAGGUACCUGACAGGGAUAGGGUCAGACACCAGGAAUGCCUUAUAUCACGUCCACAACGGGGAGGAUGUUGUCCUCUUGACCACCUGCAAGCAUGGCAAAGACUGGCAAAAGCACAAGGAUUCGCGUUGCGAUAGAGACAACACCGAAUAUGAAAAGUAUGAUUAUCGUGAAAUGCUGCACAAUGCCACUUUCUGUCUGGUUCCCCGUGGCCGCAGGCUUGGAUCCUUCAGGUUUCUGGAGGCUCUGCAGGCUGCCUGUGUCCCAGUUAUGCUUAGCAAUGGAUGGGAGUUGCCAUUCUCCGAAGUGAUUGAUUGGAACCAAGCUGCCGUCAUAGGGGAUGAGAGAUUGUUAUUACAGAUUCCUUCUACAAUCAGGUCUAUCCAUCAGGAUAAAAUCCUAGCACUUAGACAGCAGACACAGUUCUUGUGGGAGGCUUAUUUUUCUUCAGUUGAGAAGAUUGUAUUGACCACACUAGAGAUUAUUCAGGACAGAAUAUUUAAGCACAUAUCACGUAACAGUUUAAUAUGGAACAAACAUCCUGGAGGGUUAUUCGUAUUGCCACAGUAUUCCUCAUAUCUGGGAGAUUUUCCUUACUACUAUGCUAAUCUAGGUCUCAAACCCCCCUCCAAGUUCACUGCCGUUAUCCAUGCAGUAACUCCCUUGGUAUCCCAAUCUCAGCCUGUGCUGAAACUCCUGGUUGCUGUAGCCAAGUCCCAGUACUGUGCACAGAUCAUUGUUUUAUGGAAUUGUGAUAAACCCCUCCCAGCCAAACACCGCUGGCCUGCCACUCCUGUGCCUGUCAUAGUCAUCGAAGGGGAGAGCAAGGUUAUGAGCAGUCGCUUCCUACCUUAUGACAACAUAGUCACAGAUGCUGUGCUAAGCCUUGACGAGGACACCGUGCUUUCAACCACCGAGGUGGAUUUUGCCUUUACAGUAUGGCAGAGUUUUCCAGAGAGGAUUGUAGGGUACCCUGCUCGCAGUCACUUUUGGGAUAAUACUAAGGAGAGAUGGGGCUAUACAUCCAAAUGGACUAAUGACUAUUCCAUGGUAUUGACAGGAGCUGCUAUUUACCACAAAUAUUAUCACUACCUGUACACUCAUUACCUGCCUGCCAGCCUGAAGAAUAUGGUGGACCAACUGGCCAAUUGUGAGGACAUUCUAAUGAAUUUUUUGGUGUCCGCUGUGACAAAACUGCCUCCAAUCAAAGUAACACAGAAAAAACAGUAUAAGGAGACCAUGAUGGGGCAGACUUCCAGGGCUUCCCGCUGGGCUGACCCAGAUCAUUUUGCCCAGCGGCAGAGCUGCAUGAACACUUUCGCCAGCUGGUUUGGCUAUAUGCCGCUGAUCCAUUCUCAGAUGAGGCUUGACCCUGUCCUCUUUAAAGAUCAGGUCUCCAUCCUGAGGAAGAAAUAUCGAGACAUUGAACGACUUUGAGGAGCCCUGCUGAGGGGCCUGAACUGUUCUCCAUGCCCAGUGCAGAUCCACGGACACUUGGAGCCAGACUGUAACGAGGACAAAAACACAUGCAAGUGGAAAGCAGAGUUGUGUGGCUCCAAGGAAUCAUUGUGCUGGACUGCUUCAAACCACCUCCCAGGCUUCUGUCGUUCAAGACUAGGUUGUGUACAGUUUCAUUAUGGAACAUUAAAUAAUUAUUUUUGAAAUGAUUGCUAUGCAGGUUAAAACUUUUUUAAUGAUCAAAAAAACCCACAACUAUUAAAAACAGAGUUCUUUCUUUAAUCAAAAUGGUGUUGGGUGUGACUAUUUCCAAGUUGCCAUUCCUUUCUUACAAACAUUCGAAGCUGCCAUUGCUUUCUUACAAGCAUUUUAAUAUCAUUGCAGGGAAAACUGAAUGAAAAUUGCAAAAUUAAAAGUUCAGCUCUCACAGGUAGAAAAUGCAGCAGUUUCAAAAAAAAAAAAUCAAGCACAAACAGGACAGAAAUUAAACAUUGUUUCACUUAAUGCCUUUUUUGGUUUUAGUUUUUUAAUUUUCUCUUUCACUGCUCAAGUCAAUUGACAGUAAAUGUAUCAACCAUUCUAUUGCACAGAGGGAAAGCGGAAGAAUGUCCAUUUAGUGAAGCAUAGUUAAGAUCCUUCUGUUUAGGGAACAAAGACAAUUAAACCCUAUUUUUUUAAAUGGGGAAAAAAGAUUGAUGCCUAGGAAAGAUUAGUCAAUUGUCUGGUUUGCACAGAGAACAAAACAGAGAGGAUGGAAGUCAAAGAGGAGGAAUCCAAUGCCUUUUAUUGGUGGUGGUUAUAUUCGAGUUAUGAAUGAAUCAUAAGAAAUCAUCCUGACUUCUCUCAUCAGGGUGUGGCAGGAGUUUGGAAGUUCUGUUUUAAUUAUAUACCUGUUAUGAGUGGAGGAAAAUAUAGCAGCUAAAGCUACAGUGAUGGGUAAGCUACAGUUUGCAUGAGUUGCUCUUCUUGUGCACAUGGGAAUAUGUAUCAUGGUGGCAUUAUUUAUGUCACAAUAGUUAAGGGUCUGUCAACAUUCCCAUUUUAAUCCCCUUGUUUUGAAGGGGGAUGGGAGGAGGAGCUUGGCUUAUAAGGACUUUGCCUGAAACCAGUUGUAUUGAGGAAAAUCAAAUCAGUCUAGGUAUUUUGUAGUUGUAAGAGUGAAAGCAAGUAGCCAGAUUCCAUCUUGGAGUUCUGUUGGUAUGGAGUAUGUCUAUCAGUGGCAGUAGUUACUCCAGAUUU